AUGUUGGCACAGAGAAAGACAGAGGAGAGGACGCAAGAUUCCCAUGGGGCACGUGCGGUUGUGGUUUUAGCCGAAAGGGCAAAGCAAACUGAAAGCAGUCAAACAAGAGAGCUCCGAGGAAGGGAAGCCAAAGGCUUACGUGUGCGUGGUAUCAGGAACGGACAGGGGGUUUCGCUAACUAAAGAACAACAAGAAGAAGUAGCAGAAGUUGCGCAAGAAUUGCAGAAAUAUUGUGUUGCCGAACCAUGGGAUGUGGUGUAUUGCUCGAAUCCAACUUCACCUGGAGGUGGCUUCAGGAUUGCAUUCGGUCGUCUUGUUUUUAAAACAAAGGAAAUGAUUCAGGCUGUUGAAGCUCCUGAUACUGUGAGAAAUAAGGUGUCAUUUUCUGCUUUGGGGUUCCUUGACGAAGAGGUCUCCUUGAAAGGUAAGUUGAAAGCUUUAGAUGAUAAUUGGAUUCAAGUUAUAUUUGAGGCACCUCAACUAAAGGUUGGACCACUGGAGUUCCAGUACAGUGGAGAAAGCGAGGUUAAGUUGCAGAUCACUUAUAUCGAUGAGAAGAUCAGGUUGGGAAAGGGCUCAAGAGGUUCUUUGUUCGUUUUUCAAAGACGCAAAUAG